UUUUUCUCACUGGACAGUAAGAUUGCUCUUUGACGUGUUGCAGUUCACUUCGGGAAAGCUUUACCAGGUCUGGAAUGACAUUACCUGCGAUUACACUUCACAAAGCACCUGGAUUGGAAAUCUCUGACGUGAAGCAUUUAUUACAGUUAAAUAAACAAUCAUCUCCGCACUCCUUCACGGAAGGGGAAACGAGCCCAACAAGGUCUCAGACUGAAUCAUAGGGUGAAAAAAAAUAAGGUGGGACGUCUUCCCUGACUAUUUGUAAUCAACAACGCCGGUGUUUAUUGCAGCAACAUGGGGCUGAGUUAAAAGAUUAACUAUGUUCUUAAUGAAUGAAGAAUGGCCUGAAGCAUGCUUUCUGAUAAAGUUAUUCCCGAGUCCUAGAAAGCUUCCAGAGGUGGCAGUGAAUCAGAAGUGGCCCAAAGAGCAUAUACGGCGUUGUCCAUGGAGGAGGAAGAGGAGGAGAGUUAUGACAAAGUAAAAGCGGCCAUUCUCCGGACUUAUGAAUUAGUACCUGAAGCGUAUAGACAAAAGUUCAGAAGUUUAAAGAAAGCAGGGAAUCAGACGUAUACUGAGUUUGCCUAUGAGAAAGGUGUGCUCUUGGACCGUUGGUGCACAGCAGAGAUAGUGGAAGAGGAUUUUUGGUGUCUCGGGGAGUUAGUCCUGAUUGAGGAAUUUAAAAGUUGUGUUUCGGAGGAUAUCCGGAUGAAUGAGAAGCCGAAUAAGUCCAUCUCAGACUUUGCUAGGUUCGCAGAUGAAUAUGCCCUAACCCACAAGACAAAGUUUUCCUCAAAUAAAGGUUCCCAGAGAGACCGUGGAAACGAUAGAGAAAGCCCGCUGGCUGAGUCAGAGGUCCCGCCGGGAGCUAGUGGUAAGAUUGAGGGGGAAAGGCAAGACGGCCAGAGAUUUCCGGACUUGACCUGUUUUAGUUGUGGAAAGGGGGGGCAUAUUGCAUCUUGGUGCUUUGCUCUGAGGAAGGAGACAGGAAAAGGGAAAGCCGCGGUCCCUAUCGGAUGUGCCGUGGUAAUCAGUAAAUCGACAAGAGAGCCCCAGGUAGACAGAGUACGAGAAGGGUUUGAGACUUGUAUGUCAAACAGAACCGUGUCUGUGAAGGAGGGAGACACACCAGUUCCAGUACGGAUCUGGAGAGACACGGGGUCUGAACUAUCAUUGAUCAGCAGUAAGGUACUAGAUUUUGGUCGCAAGAUGGGAAUGGUAGCUGUGAAAGGAAUAGGAAAAGGGACGGAAGUGGUGCCCUUGCAUAGGGUCAUUAUGAAUUGUGAGCUAGUCUCUGGACCAGUUGAAAUGGGGGUACGAUCAGAAUUCCCGAGAACUGACGCGGACGUCCUUCUGGGUAAUGUUUUAGCCGGUGGUAAGGUUUGGGCAGCAGUGACACUGACAAGACAGCCGGUGGAGGCUCCACCCCUAGAUUCCAAGAUCUAUCCCGCAUGCACGAUCACUCGCAGCAUGUCAAGAAAGGCAGCUGAGAACGAGAGCAGUUUAAAUGAGGCCAGUAUCGAUUUGGCCGAGACGUUUUUACCAACCCUGUACCAGGAGGGUGGGAAAACGGAGAAUAGGAAAGUGAAAGAGAGUAAGGGAGAGGGGGUAGACCUGCCCUUAGCGAGGAGAAAAGUUUUAGAGGCACGAAAUAAAGAUGAGAAACAGAUAGAGCUGUUAAAAGGUCCAGAGUUGGACAUGGAUGAUCUGUCUGGUUUGGCAGAACUGUUUGAACAAAGAGUUUGAACUGAAAACUAAUAGCCUGAAGGGUCCUGAAGAGAAAACUAGCAACUUGUGUAAAAUUAAAGAAUUGGGUGGAAAUUCAGAAGAUGGUCUAAGUUUGGGACACAUUGUUGAUAAAAUAACUCCUAUGGAAGGAGCGGACAAAAGCCUAUUUCGCCAGGGUGCCCAAGCUCCCCACGUGGGAAUUAACCGGAAAAGGGGCGAGGGUUAAUGGGGACGCCAUUUUUAAAUAGCAAAAGCCGGUUUUACGGGAUUUUGACAAAGCAUGUGAAUAAUAAAGACAACCCCAUGGAAGCCUGCCUGUUAAGUUUGAAAGCAACAUAAAGAUUAGUAUUUGCAUGAACUUUUGUAGUAUACCCGUAAGCUAAGAUCACAACUCUUUAGUUUUUGUUGGCUAAAGAAAAAUACGACCUAAAAAUAGGUGGUUAUUAAAUUGGAGUCUGAUGCUACAAGAUUUUAGUAAGGUACAAGAUGUUAAGAUAUUAAAGGAAGUGACAAUGUAAUUGGUAACCAUCUAGAUACUGAAUUGAAUGUAUAACUGUACUACCCUGUAGAAAAAAAAAACUUUUGUAUGGUGUUAGAUUCUAAAAUCCUGUAAGACUCUGUAUUACUUUGUUUUUUUCUGAUGGUAAAAAACGCGUUGAAGAAAGGG